AAGGGUCCCGGCUAUUAGGCAAUCGUACUAUGUUAGAUAAUGGGGAAUUGGUGAACGGCAACGUAUGUCAUGUUGCAAAAACAGAAGUAAAGGAUCGAUUGAAUACCAACGGUAUAAAACAUGAUUCAGGUUCUUUAAACAAACGGUCAUUGUGGGAUAGUUGGCUUCGAUCUUACGGAUUGAAACCAAAAGCGGAGACGGCAGAAUGUUACCACGAGUCUUUCAUUCUGCAUGGUUAUCGACCGACGCCGUCCUCGGUCUUAUAUUGCGUGAAGAGUUUAUUCCAUCCAACUAACGAAACACUGAACGUAUGGACACAUCUUAUACCGUUCGUUAUCGCAGCAACCCGGCAUUUCAAAUUCGCAAACGAAAUAAUGACUGAACGAGGAUAUACGGACCCUCUGUUCUAUCCUUACUGGUUUUUCGUGUUAGGUGUCGUAUUGACCUUUUUUGGAAGUUCCCUCGCCCAUACAUUUAACUGCCUCACACCUGGAGCUAGGGAAGCGUGUUUCUGCUGUGAUUAUGGCUGUAUUGCAAUCCAAUGCAUUGGACUUGCCACCUGUUUUACUUUCUACAUUUGCCCUUACACUUGUGUGAUCCCACAUACAGGUUCAUAUCAUUUGGCAUAUUUUGCUAUCAUAGUGGGAAGCAUGAUGGCUGUACCUAUCGUGUGUUAUUCUAGACUGCCAUACGUUCCUUACAGAUACGUGCUGCGAAUAGCUGUAUAUGUGGUCUUGUAUACAUCACUGUGUCUCCCAUGUUUUUACAAGUAUUUAACCUUCACGCCCGAGCCACAGUUUAAAACUUGCGGCAUUGCCAUAAGUGACGAAUCAAGAAGAAAUUUCUUCGAGUUGACCUGUAUUAUGGCACUGAGCGCAACGGUAAAUGGAUUGAGGUUCCCAGAACGUAUUUUACCAGGUUGGUUCGAUAUCGUUGGUCAUUCGCAUCAAAUCUUCCACGUACUUAUAGCUGGGGGGCUUUACUACCAAAACAAAUUCAUUGAAGGAGCGUUGCGUGAAAUAUUAGGACGACUGGACGAAGGGACACUUAGCGUGGACGACCUCAAUAUAACGUGGUACAGCGCUUUUCUAUUUCCAGCAAUGAACGGACUGAUUUCAAUGGUUUUAACCUUCGUUUUUAGCGUGGUACUCUGCCGCCGACAAAACCUACAAUUUGGCGAAAACUGCCAGAAAAACAAAUCAAAAAAAGCUCAAUAGUGUUUCAUUGGUUCAUUUUUUUUGUUGCUAAAAACUGAAUUUAUAUAACUUUACUGACAUCUAUAUUUUUAAUUGGGAAUGUGUAUUUUUGAUACACCAUAUGUUACCUCUUUGUUUUAUUAAUCGUAGCUUGGUGUAUUUCGUUUACUCGCCAAGUUGCGAUAUCUUGUCAUACGUGGUUUUAGUUAAUUUAAAUUAUUUUUAUGUAUUUAUCCAGAAUAGCACUGUGACUAGCUGCUUAUUAAAAUAGACCGUGAAACAUAAACUCGUUAUAUAUGCUUACAAUGUGCUAAUAUAUAGUAGCAAUGUCGAUUUUAUUCUUUGGUUAUCAAAUUUUCUGACUCUUAACUGUGUUAUAUACCGUAAAAGUGAAUAAAACACUGUAUUUCAA